AUGCCUAAAGCUACAAGAAAAACAAACUCCGGCAUAAAAAAGGCAGCUACCACCGUGCCUGCUGUCACGGUAGUGACUAGACGGCAGGCAAGACUCGCUCGUGAGCGUGCGAGGGACGACUCUGGCGCUGAGCUCGAGUCAGUCACCAAUGCUUUUGAUAUGUAUCAUUACGUUACCAUCCUAAUCGAAGAGGUUAUGAAGGCGCUUGGUGCCGAAAGGGCCAGAAAAACAUCGAUGGAGCGCCCGUUGUUUUUCGAACGAGGGAAACUUUACCUAGAUGUAAAGUCACUCGAAGCUUCGGCUAGCUGUGAAGGGGAGUGGCCGGUGGAUGAGCAGCUGCAGAAGGUAGUUCGCAAGACGAGGACGAGAUUGGUGAAGCCAGCGCGGCCGGUGAAGGGGAUAUCGAUUCUGAAUAUCCAGAGGGUGGAAUUGACGGCUUGA